GCGCGUCCUUCAGGCGGUGCCUGAGCGCCGGGGCCGGCUCCGGGCAUGGCUGGGGUUGGGGCGGCGGCGGCAGCAGCGGCGGCUCCUUCACCCUGAGCGGCGGCGGCGGCGGGACCCAGCAUGCGGCGGGGUGUUUGGAGCCUUUGGAGACCUCCUCAUCCCGUUAGCGAUGUCACUGUUUAGUUUCACUGUGUUGGUAACCCACAGCCAGGCCAAUUUUGAGGAAGACAGCCAGAAGCAACCAGCUGUUGGACACUGGAAACCACUAACGCCAUCCAAAGGGAGCAAGGAGGAGACAGAAACUGGGUGCCAGGAUGCUGGAGGUGUGGAUGAGACCCAGUCCACUGAGCAGCUCAACGUGUCACGUCUACGCAGCUCUUCAGUGGAAAUCCGUGAAAAAGGAUCUGAAUUCCUGAAGGAAGAGCUGCACAAAGCACAAAAGGAGCUGAAGCUGAAGGACAAAGAAUGUGAGAAAUUAUCAAAAGUCAGAGAACAACUGGAGCAGGAACUAGAGGAGUUAACAGCUAGCCUAUUUGAGGAAGCACACAAGAUGGUGAGAGAAGCAAACACUAAACAGGCGGCAUCAGAGAAACAGCUGAGGGAGGCACGGGGGAAGAUCGACAUGCUGCAGGCAGAGGUAACAGCUCUGAAGACAUUGGUCAUCACGUCAACACCUUCUUCUCCAAACCGGGAGCUGCACCCUCAGCUUCAGAGCCCUUCUAAAGCUGGCUUCAGAAAGGGCCAUGGGCGAAACAAAAGCACCAGCAGUGCAAUGGUCUCAGCUGCCAGCCAGAAUGUGACUCCAGAGCCUGUCAGCCGUGAGUGCAAAGAGUCUGGGUUACCUGCUCUCCUCUCUUUGCUCCUCUGUUUCAUCCCUGGGAAGGCAAUCCACAUCACCUAUGAACCAAGCUGGCAGGCCUUGGGGGCAGAUGCUUCCUCGUCCUUGCAGCAGGUCGACUCCAUUUUAUUUGCUGAGUUCCAGGCCUGGAAGGAAUCUCCAACCUUAGAUAAAUCCUGCUCCUUCCUAGACAGAAUUUAUCGGGAAGAUGUAGGACCUUGUCUGGACUUUACUAAGCAUGAGCUGUCGGAGCUGGUGCGAGUGGCUGUGGAGCAGAAUACACUCACCAUUGAGCCAGUUGCUUCUCAGACACUGCCUGCGGUGAAGGUGUCAGCAGAAGAGUGUGGUGGCCCAAAGAAGUGUGCUCUGAGUGGCCUCCCCAGGACCUGCAAGCACCGCAUCAUGCUGGGGGAUUCUGGGAAUUACUACUACAUUUCACCAUCCUGCAGGGCCAGAAUCACAGCGGUGUGCAACUUCUUCACAUACAUUCGCUAUAUUCAGCAGGGCUUGGUGAGGCAAGAUGUGGAGCUGAUGUACUGGGAGGUCAUGCGGCUCCGGAGGGAGAUGUCUCUGGCCAAACUUGGGUUUUAUCCCAGUGAGAUGUAAGCAGAGGCCUAAGAAUGGAAGGAAACUGGUCCUGUAUGAACAGCUUGUCAAACGUAGUCUGCCAAACAGACGAAUGCAGUGCCUCUCCUGCAACAGGCCUUACUUGCUCCUGCCUUUCUCUGCAUGAAGCUGAUCAAGGAGCAAGAAGCACAAGUUCCACCUUCAGCUCUCCCACAUCUCUAACUGUGAGCAGACUGCAGUUGCCAUGCUACCCUCUCAGAGCUGGGCUGGGCCUGGCUGCUCUGGGGUGGCUGCCUAUAGACUGUCCUCUAUGGAGUCUCCUAUAUGCAGUGUGUAUCCAUAUGUUUGUUUAAACUUUUGUUUUUAUAUGCAAGCUGCUUUGGCAUAACCCAAGGCCAGUCCUGGGCAAGGCAGGAGUCCUGGACCUUCUUUGUAAGCAAGUCUUUCAGGACAGAUGCUGGCUGUCUGUCCAUCUGAUCCACUUAUUCUUUGGGGUGGAGGGUGCUGUGCCCAGCCAUACACUUAGGUCCUGCUGACCACUUACUCUCCUAAUGGCCUUGUAGACGCCAGCAGCACACAGUAAUCUUAUGGAGAGCCAUGAACAGCCUGUUUCCAAGUACUUACUUGCUCCUUUUAAAGGGGCUUGCAUGAGAAGCUUUCUGCCAACUGAGUCACAAAGAGGGAUUUGUUUCUGGUUUUAGCUUGCAAUUUGGCACAGGGUGAUCCAGGUUGGGGGAACAGGCAGAACAGGGGCCAGAGCUGUGCAUCUGAGGCCUUCAGCAGAAGAAAGUGAGCUGGGAAAGCCAUAACUCUCAGUUUGGCUGCAGUUGGUGCAGAAUGUUUUCUCCUGCUCUAGAAAAUCUGCUGCAGUUGCCACAGGCAGAUGCAGACCUUGAUGUGUUGGUGUUGGUCCUUGGUGCAGAAGUACCCCCAUGGUGCUCUUAGAAACCUCACUCACAAAGAUGUCUUUGAGGUGUUCUGCUCUGAGGGUGCUUUGGGCAGUGUUGUUCCCACUGUUUAGAUAAAACCUGUGGUCCCAGGCUGGGUUUUUCAUGUCUCCAGAAGUAGCAUGCCCAGGCUGGGCAGUCCUGAGGCCUUCCUUGUAUGGCAUUAUACCUAGACUUGCAUGUCCACUGAGAAACCCAGCUUCUGGGCUCCCAUCCCCAAUGAGGGAAUCUGAGACAUCUUUGUGUGCACAUGAGGGAUGUAGCUGUGGUUCCUGUGUGCCUCAAAAUGUUCUGGGAGGGAUGUCAUUAAAGCUGUUGGAGGCCCCCUACAGCUUGAGCUCAGACCCAGGCUUGUCUGUACAGGGAUGUGUUAAAAGCCAUGACAAUGUUUCAUAGCCAAUUUAGCCUUUUUUUGUCAGUGACUCUGGAAUCUGCUCAGUCACCACAUGCCCUGGGGUUUUCAUCUCAUGUGGCAUUUCUGCAGUCUUGACUCUGCCAUCAUCAUAACUCUCAUCUUAGCAAGUGGGUGUCCAGAACCACAUCACCAUCCUCAGCUCCAGUCAGUUUCAUCCUCUCCUGAGAGAUGCUACGGUAGGAAUUCUGUAUCAUCAGUGGAAAAAAACUGAGCUGCUGUGUUUCUGUUCAGUAGAGGGAGGAAUAGACAGGGAAGGUGAAAGUUCUGGUUUGGAAUCU